GUUGCGCCCAGACAACAUGCAGGAUGUCAAGGAGAGAGGAGAGAAAAGUAAAAGAAAACAGUGUAGUGCAAUUAACUGCAACAACUAUCAGUGGAACACCCCGCACCUGGCCUUCCACCGUUUCCCGAAGGAUCCCGACAGCGGGUCUGCUGACAGUCCAAAAUGGCGGCGGUAGGACGAAACCAUGGGCGAGUCUGUUGCAGUGGGGCGUUCUGUUGAGCUUCGCCUCUUGGUAUCCAUGCUGUUUGGAUUAGUCUCGUGCGGAGGACGGCGGAGUGAAAAGGCUCCAGAGUUUAGUUUAGUAAAGACCUUGUGACGUCACAGACAGCUGGAUGUGGACUUCAAAGCUGAAAUAAAACUACAAAGAGCAGUGAGAGUGUUUUGGGAGGAUGGAGACAGUCUGAGCUGCUGACUGAGAGACACUGGGACAUGGACCCAGACAGGAUGUCCUCCUGGAGGACACACGGCGACACUUCAACUCCAGACGUCCAAACAGUGAUCGCUGUUAAAGAGGAGCAGCAGGAGUGGAGCUCCAGUGUGGACCAGGAGCCCCCACACAUUAAAGAGGAAGAGGAGGAACUGUGGAGCAGUCAGGAGGGAGAGCAGCUUCAAGGGCUGGAGGAGGCUGAUAUCACCAAGUUCACAUUCACUCCUGUCCCUGUGAAGAGUGAAGAUGAUGAAGAGGAACCUCAGUCUGAGGGACACCACUGUGGAGGACCAGGACCACCAGGACCAGGACCAGUGGCUGAAGACUCAUCUGAAGCUGAGACUGAUGACAGUGAUGAUUGGACGGAGACCAGAGAACCUCCGUCGGGUUUAAACUCUUUAAAAAAUGAUGAUGUGUCUGUCAGAGAUGGAGAGAAACCUUUCAGUUGCUCUGAGUGUGGUAAAAAAUUUGGCCUGAAAAGGAUCCUGAAGGAACACGUGAGAAUACAUACGGGAGAAAAACCGUUCAGCUGCUCCGAGUGCGGGAAAAGAUUUCGCAUCAAGGCACAUCUGAAGAGACACAUGAGAACCCACACAGGAGAGAAACCAUACAGUUGCUCCGCCUGCAUGAAAUCUUUCACAGAGAACGAAAGUUUACAAACGCACAUGAAAAUCCACACAGGAGAAAAACCAUUCAGUUGCUCCGGAUGCGGGAGACGAUUUAGCACCAAGGGAAGUCUGAAAAGACAUGUGACAACUCACACAGGAGAGAAACGGUUCAGCUGCUCCAUUUGUGGGAAGUCUUUUACAGAGAGCGGGAACUUACAGAAACACAUGGUGACUCACACAGGGGAGAAACAGUUUGGCUGCUUUGAGUGCGGGAAAAGAUUUGGCAUCAAGGGAAACCUGACGAGACACAUGAAGUUCCACACGGGAGAAAAACCGUUCUCUUGCUCCGAGUGCGGGAAAAGAUUUGGCCGCAAGACGCAUCUGAAAAUACAUGCCAGAUCUCACACAGGAGAGAAACCGUUUAGCUGCUCUGAGUGUGGGAAAAGAUUUGGUUUCAAGGGGGGUCUGGACCGACACAUGAGGACUCAUACAGGAGAGAAACCACAAACGAUCACUUGGCUCAGAAACCAUCAGUACCGUGGUCGUCGGUUCUCACGUUUUCAUCAGAUUGAGGAAAACAGAGGGGCGGAGCCUCCAGUUGACAGCUUGACUCUAAAGAUGGAGACAGAAGCUGAAAGGGAGGUCUGUGGAGGACCAGAACCAGCUAGGAACUCGCAUUCAGGUCCAGAUUUACAACCAGGAGAUUUGUUUGGACCUGAGACUGAUGACAGUGAGUUUUGGAGAGAGACCAGGCAGCAUUCGUCAGGUUUCACGUAUCUGAGUAAUAAAAGAGUCUCUGAUGUCAAGACCAAAACUGAACCCAGCGUUGUUGACCAAGAUAUUCGUCAGCAGCCUCCCUUGGUGAAAACAGAGGAUGUCUCUGAGACUGAGGAGAAACCACGUCAGAGAUUUGAAGACAGUCACACUCUGCAGACACACAGGAAGUCAUAUGCAGGGGAGAAACCAUUUGGUUGCGUAGUGUGUGGUAAAACCUUUGUGAAGUGUGAACGUUUACGAUCCCACAUGGCUUGUCACACGGGGGAGAAACUGUUUGGUUGGUCAGUUAGAGAUAAGAAGUUAGAUUCUCAUCUGAUGAGUAACACAGGAGAGACACCGUUCCACUGCUCAGUGUGUAAUGCCAGUUUCAUCGACAGCGAGGUUUUAAUCCAGCACAUGAGGGUCCACACGGGACAGACUCAGUUUAGGUGCCCGAUGUGCGGUCAGGAGUUCGCCUGGAGACGGACUCUGACCAAACAUUUGGAGGUCCACAAAAUCUUUGGCUGCAGAGUCUGCAACAAAAAGUUCACCUGGUACUAUCAGCUGAAAGACCACAAGUGUGUCGGCCGCCGGUCUGACGCCACCAGAGAGGGCUGUGGAGAACCAGGACCAGCUGGGAACUCAGAUCCAGAUUUACAGCCAGACACUGAUGGAGACUCUUCUGAAGCUGAGACUGACGACAGCAACGAUUGGACAGAGACCAGAGAACCUCCUUCAGAUUCAGAGAAACCAUUCAGCUGCUCUGUCUGUGGGAAAUCAUUUCCAGGGAGCAAACAUUUACAAGCACAUCUCAAAAUCCACUCAGGUGAGAAACCAUUACGUUGCUCAGUCUGCGGCAGCGGCUUCAUCGGUAGUGGACACCUGAAAAGACACAUGAGAACUCACACGGGAGAGAAACCAUUCAGUUGCUCCAAGUGUGGGAAAAGUUUCCCUCGGAAGGACAACUUGGCUCAUCACACAAGAGUCCACACGGGAGAAAAACCGUUCGGCUGCAGCGUGUGCGAUCGACAGUUCACUUGGUACACUAGCUUUAAACACCAUCAGUGUGUCGGUCAUCUGUCUGACGCUGAUGGAAACGACUGUGGCGGACCAAAACCAGCCAGGGACUCAGAUCCAGAUCCAAAUUUACAGCCUGAUACUGAUGAUAGUGUUGACAGUGAUUUUUGGAAAGAGACCAGAGAACGUACAUCUGGUUUAAAACCGUUAGAACAAUAAUCAAGUGAAGAAAACAUUAACUUCAGGUGCUGUGUGGAGCAGGAACAGAUUCACCCAGAGCUCCAAACUGUGACCUUUUUGAGUCAGUGCGAGGUUUUACAACGAUUCACUGGUGUGCGAUUCACAAAUUUGUAGGUGUUUCUUUUUUCAUGUUGAAAAACGAGGGAGAGAGCUGACAAACAUCACGUGGCACAGCCGGAGAGAUGCUGUUUUAGACGUGUGCGUGGGCAUGCUAGAGAGGGCAGGUCAACUGUCAAUCAUUUUUAAUGUGGCCAAUCAGAGGCUCACAAUCCCCUGUCAAUUUCUAAUUCAGCCAAUCACUUCACAGUCAGUGGGAGGAGUCAACAUUUCAACUAACUAGCUAUGCUAACGCUAGCUAGCGUCUACGUAUCAACUCCCCGAUCUUAACAGAAUACAGUAACUUCAACCGCGGCUCAUUGUAGAAGGACCACUGCAGGAAGGCGUGUUCUUUGUUUAAAUAAUUGGACAGUUAAUGGACAGUGAACCAUAAUUGUUUGUUUUUGGCUGCAGUUUUAGUGAGCACAGUUAGCAUGCUAGCUAAGUUAGCACGCUAGCUAAGUUAGCUGAAAAGUCAUAAUUUCCACUUCAAAAUGUUGAUUAAAAACGUUGCAGUCUGUUAAUACUCUGUUGAGGGUAAAUGAUUAUCCAGAGGGACAACUCCAAAGUCCACGUCUCCACAUCCAGAGGUGUCUGGACGCUGGAAGAAAGCCGACAGUCUCUGCCCACUGAUGUCCCGCCCUCCCUCUGGUUCUUGUAGCGGAGAAGCAGAUCACAGCCUGGGUCAGCGGGGUCUGACUUAGAGUCAGGACACUUGUCUUAUCUGUCCCUGCGGGUUUCAUGUCCCUGUCCUCAGGAUCAUUUCAGCACUAAUUGGAGUCAAAGUAUCAACAGGUAGAGACGUUUUUAAUCAACAUCUUAAACUUGUGUAAACUUGCUGCAGCCAGAAACCAACAUGUAUGAUCCAUCAUGUGUCUGAUCAUCUCAACACAGAACACGUUUCCUCUCCGUGCUCCUCCUGAAAUGUUCCUAUAUUCUCUAUUGAUCCAGGAUUAAGCAGCUGAUCAGGAGACAGCGUUAGCUAAUGAGCUAAUGCGCUAGGUAGUAUAAAAGUUUCUAUUUCAGCUUUAAACAAGGAACUGCGAACACAAGACUAAUGUUAUUUUCACAACAGCGAUCUAAAAUAUGUCUUUAACAAUCUCUGUCUGUACAACAUACAACUGAGAGUCUGGUAUUUGCUAGGGCUGUAACGGUACACAAGUCACGGUUUGUUUGUUUUUUUCGGUACAGUAAUGAAAAAAAUAGACAACUAUUAAAUAUCUUUUACUUAUUGGUAACCUUAUUAAAACAUACCACCACAGCAGUUAACUCUUUUUACACAGUUUUUGAAUGAAACAAAUAUAUAUAAAAUCCUGCUUUUUCACAUUGUUUGAAUGAAAAUAGAAAUAUUUAAAAUUUAAAAAAUAAAAUCUUGCUUUUUAUUUUACACAUUUUUGAAUGAAAAACAGUGGCUUUAACUUGUUUAUACAGACGUGGUAUGAUGACUUCACUCAUGUAGGGACGAGAAGGCAUUUUAAACUGCGUCUCAAUUACCUUCAUCAUGUGCUUGAAUCCUCUGUUUUCAACGACGGAGCACGGUUGUAGAUCGACUGCUAUGAAAACUCCACUGGUGUUGGUUAUUUUUUUAGCGUGAUCAGAAUGCUCUUUUUAAACGACGGCGAUAUCGUAGUUUGCACCAAAUUGCUCUUUCUAGAUGUUCAUACUAGGGUGAUGUCGCUUUAGAUGCGUUAGCAUGUUAGACGUGUUUCCAAGUACAUACCCAACCCCUGUUCUGCAGUGUCGGCACACUGCUUUUGUCUUGUCCACUUGUUUAUUUCCAUCUUCGUAUUUUACCCUGAAACCAAAGUUUUCCCAAACGGACGACUUAAGGAUUGCGGGUGGGUCUUUAAGUUCGUCAGGCUCACUUGCCACGUUAUCCAAAUGCGAGAAUGCGCUGCACAAAGUGAAGGCGGAGAUUUACGGUCGGACUCGUCCGUCACUCAAUUAUGUCCGUCGGGGAACUAGAUAUUUUAAAUGGUUCGGCUCGCAAAAACGGAAUUAAAAUAAAACAAAAUAAAAUAAAAUUAUAUCCUGCGCCCAAUAAUUCGGUACAGGGUCGUGCCGAACCGAAAGUCUCACAGGGGGACACAAAUACACGUACCAUUACAGCCCUAGUACUUGCACAUGUGCACGUCUAUAACGGCAUCACUCCGGCUCUGUAGGGUCUCUGUACGAUUUUGUAACAACAGGUACAUUAGGAAGGUUACUGAGCACAUACUGUUUACAAUUAUGAAAGUUCAAUUUUGUUCAAUUUGUUUCGUUGUAAACAUGAAAUAAACGACACUUUCUUUGUCA